CAUUCUUACUAUCAAAUGAAAUUCCUGCAGCAUUUGAUGUUUUAAAAGAGGAAAUGCCCACGGAAACCAAGGAGCCUUUUCCCACUACAAAUAUGGAAAAUUUAGUUGGUCGACCACACGUGGGUGUUUAUACUAUUAUUGAGGAAUUUCAAAAUGAACAACAAAAAGUUAAGCAUCAAGUAGAAGCUAUUAUACAUGGUGUACAACGUCAAACACCUAAAAAAGGUACUAUUGAAAGAGAACAAAG